UAACAGGUAACAGUUAGAAGGGGAAAUAAUUCUUACCACCUUGUUGUACCUUGGCUUGUAAUUGCUCUUGAUUCAAUCUAUGCAAUAAUGACUACUGAACAAAAAAUAGCAAAAAUUAAGCAGUGCAUAACUGGUCAUCCAGAUUUCCCCAAACCUGGUAUAUUAUUUAGGGACAUAUUUCCAGUUUUAAGAGAUGCGUCUGUCUUUAAAAUGUUGACAGAUGUUCUUGUGGACCAUGUUAAAUCAAAAACACCUAAUGUGGAAGUAAUAGUAGGAUUAGAUUCCAGGGGCUUUCUUUUUGGACCAAUCAUGGCACAGGAACUUGGCAUUAGUUUUGUUCCUGUGAGGAAAGCUGGGAAACUACCAGGAGAGACAUUUGAAGUUACUUACUCACUAGAAUAUGGUCAGGAUAAGUUUGAAAUACAGAAGGAUUCAAUAAAGCCUGGAGCAAAGGUUGUGAUAGUUGAUGAUUUAUUAGCUACUGGUGGUACAAUGAAAGCUGCUUGUGACCUACUUGAGAAAGCCUCUGGAGAUGUGUUGGAUUGUUUAGUUGUUAUAGAGCUAAGUGAUUUGAAAGGGAAAGACAAAGUCUCUAAACCAUUGUCAUCACUGAUACAGUAUUAAUCCAUGAUUAUCACAUUCUUUAUUUUCCUGAAUGAUAUAGAAGUGUAUCUGACAGGAUAAAACCACAAACUAUCUUCAUUUCUAGUCUACUUAAGCAAUAAAUGUUGCAAGGGGUUCCAAAGCAAAAUUUCAUCAACACAAGCAGAUUCACUGCCAAUUCAUAAAUGUUCUGAUAAGAUAUGUUUUUUUGUCAAAUCUGUGAUCGUUAUGGUGACACAUGAUAACAAAUGAAACAUGCAAUGUACUUGUAGAUUUAAAAUUACAUGUGGUCUUUUGUCCGCUUGUUUGGUCUUAUUUAAGAUUAUGAUAUAUAUUUUUUUGGUUGUAAAACAUAGAAAUAAUAAUUAUGAACUUAAUUCCAAAUAAAUUUAUAUACCGGUACAUUCUAUGUCCAAGAAAAAUAUGUUUGAAUCAUACACAAAUGUGAUUGAACUUGCAUUUAUAUUUUUCCAUUUGUAAGUCUUUAUUUUAUUCUCAAGUUAUCACUUUUUGCAUUUUGUACAAGUUAGUUUCUCAUAUUUUUAUUAGAGAAACAAAGCUGAAGAUAACAAGUUAUUUUAAAUAAAAAAAGGGGGGGAUUUAACAAGUGUUUAGGAAUUAAUGUCAUUAAACACAUUAUUAUUUGUUGAAAGUCUUAUAACAACAACACUGGAGGGACUGCUGCAGAAAAUUUAUUGAUCGACAUGUUUCGGUGCCUAGGGCACCGUCAUCAGGAUACAAAUAAUACAUUGAACAUACUUAAGUGUACAAUCGGGUUGUCUUGUGACAACGUCAUAGUAUAGUAGUUGUUAUGAAAGGGAAGUAAUAGUGAAAGUAUAAAUAGAAAAUGUAUAUAAAUAGAUUGUCAACAUGAAAAUGAAAGUAAAUUAAAAUUGUUUGUAUAUCAA